GAUUUCGAAUAUGAUAAAACGUUAAAUUAUGAAAAUGGUGGUAAUGGGAAACGUAGAAUGAGUUAUGAGGAAAAUGAAACUGAAAGAGAAGAGAGUGAAAAUAUAAAACGUGCCAGAUUUGAUAAAUCGUGUGGAAUUUUUUCUGAUGAAAGUGUAGUUGAUGAUUGGUAUAAAGCUGUAUUAGAAUUAUCAAAAAAGAAUCCUAGUGAGGUUAAAUAUUCUAUUGAGAAGGUAUUUCGGGAAUGGUAUACAUUAUCUCAUUCAGAUCAUAUUAUUCAUAUAACUCGAAAUGCUCCUGAAAAUGAAUUAAAAGAAUUUAAAGGAAAAUGUUUCUGGUUAUUAAUGGACAAUGUGGGGGGUAGACAUAUACCUCUAAUUAAUAAUUUUGGAAGAAGUGGAGGAGGUAAUUCAGGUAUUAACAACCCCGGAUCAAAUUCAGGUUCAUCACCAUCCUUAUCUAUAUAA